AUGUCAUCUUCUUCAUCUUCUUCGUGGAGUUGCUUUGGAGAUUCUGUGUCUAAUCUGCGACGCUUUCUUCAAUGUGUUACCCCUCUUGUUCCUUCACAUACUCUACCUCAGAGUUGCUCUAAUGAUCUAAACGGACAAUGGAAACCCCUUGGUAAAGAGACCAGUGAAUGCUUCACUUUGAAAGAUCUUUGGGACCGAUUUUAUGAAUGGAGUGCAUAUGGUGCUGGUACACCUAUGAUAUUGGAGGAUGGCGAAACCGUGGUUCAGUACUAUGUUCCAUAUUUAUCUGCUAUCCAAAUCUACACAAACAAAUCUGGUGCAGCUUCUCGGAACCCGAGAGAGGAUAGUGAUGGAGUUGAAUUCGAAAGUGAUUCGUCCAGCGAUGAUAGUGGAAGUGAUAACUUGUCUCGAUCGUUAAGUAACGAUUCAAGCAAAUCUUGGGAUGCCAUUUCUGAAGAAUCAAGCUCUGACCAAGAAGGGUCCUGUCAAACUAAGGAUAAGCUUGGCAACCUUUACUUAAGCUAUACUGAGAUGUCUUCGCCUUAUCAUAGAGUUCCUCUUACGUUGAAGAUACCUGAGUUAGCGAAAACCUAUCCGGGGCUGAUGACUUUCAAGAGCGUUGAUCUUUCUCCUGCAAGUUGGAUGGCUGUUUCAUGGUACCCGAUUUAUACCGUCCCUAGUAGGAAAAAUGACAAGGACAUGGAAGCAUGCUUCCUCACUUACCAUACAUUGUCAUCAUCUUUCCAAGAUUGUGCUAUGGAGAAUGACGGUAAAGAUCUAUGUUGUUCAAGUGGCUGGGAAAAUAUUGUAGGACAUCAUGAUUCCAAGAAAAAGAGCAAAACCUCAAUUUCUCUACCUCCAUUUGGGUUAGCCACUUACAAAAUGCAGAGUGAUCUUUGGCUAAACUCUAAUCCAUAUGAUUAUGAGAGUAUAUCAUAUCUUUAUAGCGCCGCAGAAUCAUGGUUGAAACAACUCAACGUCGAUCACCAUGACUUCAACUUCUUUGCAUCAAACUCUAUCUUGUAA